AGCAGAAGAGAGCUGGUAAGCGGGGCGUUUCUGCUCUGGAUUGCUUCACCGGGGAGGUCACCCUUUUACCUUUAAAUAUCCAGGAGAACGAGAGCUACAUUAGAUGCUGUCUCACGACCUGAAGAGCGUCUCUCAUCCAGAAGCCUCUGACUGAAACGCUUGGGGUAACGAGAAACGGAAAGACCUUCUGUACCAGACUGAAAUUUCCUCUUCUUUAGGAUCCUAAUAUAAAGAACCAUGUGGAGUGACAUCUUCUACCCUGAAAAUCCUUGGAGAAGGGAGCAGCUCAUCCGUAGAAGUCAAGAGCUUCACGAUCUGAUGAAGAACAACUUCAGAGCCACCAACCAACUGAUUGAUGUCAUGAACAAGUACUUGAGCUGCUCCUUCGAACACAUCAAAUUGAACGAGAGCGCGACUCUUCGAGAGAACUGUGACAUGAUCAUUGGAUCCAUUCAUAAGAUACAGGCAGAAGUAGAGAGGAUUGAUGUAAAGCUGAAGGAGAAGUUGGAGCCCACUCUGUACGAGAAACUGAGAAACCUGCCUUCUCUGUCUUCUAUAGAUUUUAAAGCCAUUUCAACUGCAUUCACAGUGAUUUGUGGCGUUGGAACUCUUGGAACCUCUGCUUUAUUUAUCCAUUUAGUGAGGAAUGGAACUAUUCUGGCAAACGUAUCACGUACGUUUCUUAAGAUUGGAGCAACUACGUUAGGCACUAUUGGGCUGGCGGUGGUGUUCUUGGGGAUCGAUAUGAUUAUUGAGGCCAUCAAGGGGAAAAUUGAGGGAGAUAAACUUAAGGCGGAGCUGGAUCAGUAUGACCAAGCUUUGCAGGAAUUCAGACCGGCGUCUGAAAAAUAUCAGGAUAACAUUACCUAUGUCCUAGCAAAAAUUGAGAUUUUAAAUGAAUACAAAAUGUUAGGUUGAAAUGUUUGCUGCAUUCAUGCUUAAAACAUUCAGGAAUACAGGAGAAUGGAAGUAAUGUGAAAUGAUUUGUUGAAAAAGAAAAUAAUCAUGAAAUAAAAUUCUUCUGAUAUGAAAA